AUGUCAAAGCUGAAACCACCAAAUGUAUCUUUACACAACCAACACUCGAUGAUUUUGACAGCCUAUCAACAGACGAUCGAGGGAACUUGGAAACAAACAAAUUCUUCCUAUUUUUCCAAUAAAAAGAAAUCAAAAUCAGAAAAAACACAAAGUUAUUUAAUUUCAAGUUUUGCAUCUGUAGCCAUCUACGAUGUUGAAAUUAUUUCAACGCAGAUGUUCAAAACUUUUGAGAAUAUCUGA